AUGGUAUGUUCCAGGAAGAAUGCUGUUUUGGUGGAUGGGGUCAUCCUAAAUGGUCCAAUAAUGGACUCAAAAGCAGGAGAGAAGUUUGUGGAAGAGGCCUGUAAUAUUAUAAUGGAAGAAGUCAUCCAGAAAGCUGAUGAUGUAACAGAAAAGGUUUGUGAAUGGCGAGCCCCCGAAACAUUGAAGCAGAUUCUUGACCUGGAAAUGAGGGACGCUGGAGAAUCUCAUCAGAAACUCUUGCAACUCUGCCGAGAUGUUAUACAAUACAGCGUCAAAACCAGUCAUCCAAGAUUUUUCAACCAGCUGUAUGCUGGAAUAGAUUAUUACUCGUUAGUGGCUCGUUUCAUUACAGAAGCACUGAACCCAAGUGUAUAUACAUAUGAAGUAUCCCCUGUGUUUCUGUUGGUGGAAGAAGCAGUCAUCAAGAAAAUGAUUGAGUUCAUAGGCUGGGAAGAAGGUGAUGGUAUAUUUAAUCCAGGUGGCUCUGUUUCUAAUAUGUAUGCUAUGAACUUAGCAAGAUACAAAUUUUGUCCUGAGAUAAAGGAAAAAGGACUUUCAGGUUUGCCAAGACUAGUCCUGUUCACUUCAGAAGAGUGUCAUUACUCCAUGAAGAAGGCAGCCUCCUUCCUGGGUAUUGGUACAGAGAAUGUUUACUUCAUCAAAGCAGAUGAAAGAGGUAAGAUGAUACCUGAGGAACUGGAGAAACAAGUCCAACGGGCCAGGAAAGAGGGGUCAGCACCAUUUCUUGUCUGUGCUACAGCAGGCACAACAGUGCUGGGAGCAUUUGAUCCUCUGGAUAAAAUUGCCGACAUCUGUGAAAAGCAUGGCCUCUGGCUUCAUGUUGAUGCUUCUUGGGGUGGGUCGGCUUUGAUAUCGAGGAAGCAUUGCAGACUUCUUCACGGCAUCCACAGGGCUGAUUCUGUCGCCUGGAAUCCCCAUAAAAUGCUGUUGGCAGGAAUCCAGUGCUGUGCUCUUCUGGUGAAAGACAACUCUGGCCUCCUGAAGAAGUGUUACUCUGCCAAGGCUGCAUACUUGUUCCAGCAGGACAAGUUCUACGAUGUCAGCUAUGACACUGGUGACAAGUCCAUUCAGUGCAGCAGGCGUCCGGAUGCCUUCAAAUUCUGGCUGAUGUGGAAAGCCUUGGGAACCACAGGCCUUGAGGAGAGAGUAAACAGGGCACUGGCUUUGGCUAGAUACCUAGUGGAGGAAAUUAAGAAAAGAGAGGGAUUCCAGCUUCUUUUGGAGCCGGAGUAUGCAAAUGUUUGCUUUUGGUACAUUCCACCAAGCUUAAGAAAAAUGGAGGAUGGACCUGAAUUUUGGCAGAAGCUACACCAGGUUGCUCCUAUAAUUAAAGAAAGGAUGAUGAAGAAGGGCAGCAUGAUGCUUGGAUACCAGCCUCACCAGGGCAAAGUCAACUUCUUCCGCCAGGUGGUGAUCAGCCCGCAUGUUAGUCGAGAGGACAUGGACUUCUUGCUGGAUGAAAUUGAACUGCUUGCUAGGGACUUGUAG